AUGUCUGCUCCCGAAGCAAUCGCGCAGUCCAACGCGAUGGUCGAACCCGUCUCUCCGCGUCAGGACGCGCCGCCCAUCGAGCAGGCGAUCCAGACCCUCGGUGCCCUCAACCCCCUCAACUCUCUCGACAUGCCUGCCGACCCCGAUGCCCAAGCUACCGUAACCGAUUUCCUCGACUUUACCGAAUACCUCCCCGCCGAUAUAAUGCGCUCCCUCACCCUCAUUGGCAAGCUCGACGAAACCCAUAUUAACGCGUCCACCAUUGUCCACGAACUCACCAAGAAAUGGUCGCAGCUACCAAACAUGCCGCCCUCCGAGCGGACCAGUGCCGUUGAUCUGCGCGCCGACAUCUCUGAACAGCUUCAACAAGGCAUGAAUGCCCGUGUUUCCGCCCACGCCGAAGCUGUACGAAUGGACGGUGAGGUUAAACGACACCACAGUCGCAUCAACACCAUUCUUGCCAAGCUGGUGACCAUGUUGGAGAACUACCCGCCCCCAGAAGAGAUCAAAAGCCCUGUUGCCACGUUCAAGUCACCCCAGGCAGCGGCAGAGUCCAAGGCACCCAUAAGACUUGAUGGUCAGAAGCGACGACAUAGGGUCCCGAGAAUCACAGUCCCCGGAGAAGUUCUGGCACCAUACGAGCUCAACUACGAACCGUUUACCACCGACAGCGACAGCAGCUCCGAGGACGAGGAUGCGGCAUCUCUGUCCACCAACCGUGUAACCCCAGCACCUCAGCCACGUAUUAAGGUUAUGAAGGCUCCUGCCCGUCCGCCUAAAGCUGGAAAGGCGCCCAAGCCGAGAACAUCCGUACCUCCGCCGCAUAUUCCAGGCGCCGACCAACCGCUAUCCACGAGCGCCAUGCUGGCACAGCUGGGUCCGCCUCCAGUGAACCCCACUAUCGGCGGUCCGGACGCUCCUUGGGGUCAGCUUACACCAUUCGAACUCGCCAAGCUGAGAAAGAAGAUGAAGAAGAAUGCAGCUUGGACCCCUUCUGUUACCAUGAUCGCUCGAGAACUCCAAGCUUUGGGCCGCGGUUAUGAAGCCUUUAAAGCUGCACAACAAAAGGCGGAACAGGAGGGAAGGGUUUUUGAAGGAAAGAUGCCUGUCCCAGUCAAGAAUCCCACAACUGGAGAGAUGCAGAUGCCCGCGGGUGCGGUCUCGGAAGAGGCCUUGGCGGCAGAUGAGGCGAACACGUAUAAUCGUGGCAUGAAGUUGAACGAGGCCAAGAAACUCAAACGAGUCCAGUUGGCACACCAGGCUGCGAUUGAGGCCGAAGAAUCGGCAAAGCUUCUGGACAAUGUUGCCCGGAUACUAAUGAAUAACUCACAACCUGCCAUUACCCAACCAACGCCAACCCCUACGAUAGCCAACAACAGCAGACCCAAACAACCAAAGAAGCGCAAGAGGGAGUCUGUCAUUGAGGCCGAUGCGACAAAACCGGAAUCGCGGAUCAAGCGGAUGAAAAACGAGACCCCUGUCCCUACUCCACAGCUAAAUCUUCAACCACACCAGAGAACGGCAGUGCCUACACCUGUCCUGCAUUCUACAACCCCCAUCCCUCUACCCAUUCAUGCCCAAGAUCACUCCAGUGUUGCCAAAUCUAGUGCCUCAGUCGCUUCUGCAACAUCUCCCGCCCCAAGCAGUAUUGCCGACCCCGAUCCCGCCGCCGCUACGGUCGCCCAGAAAGUCUACAACUCCGAUUCUUCCUCCUGUUAG